ACCUCAAUAACCAACACCAUGUGUGGCAGCUACUACGGGAACUACUACAGAGGCUGUGGCUAUGGAGGCUGUGGCUAUGGAGGCUGUGGAGAUGGAGGCUGUGGCUAUGGAGGCUGUGGCUAUAGAGGCUAUGGCUAUGGAGGUUACGGAGGCCUGGGCUGUGGCUAUGGUUCCAGCUAUGGCUGUGGCUUCCGCAGACUGGGCUAUGGCUAUGGCGGUGGCUCUGGCUGUGGCUACAGAUGUGGCUCUGGCUUUGGUUGCUACUAACUGAGAAUGCCCUAGGAGACUCACCCUCUACAACUUCACUGAAUGACUCAGCGGUUCUGAACCAUGUGAAUUUUUUGUCUCACCCACAAGAGAUGUUUAUUCUACCCUACAUUGCAAACUUCUGUAUGAUUUGGUAAAAUACCUGGAACUGAUACUACUUGAUAUCUGGAAGAAUAUGAAUUUCAACUUGUGAACUCAUGUUCCAACAAAAUGAUGUUGGUAUAGCUCUUAUUUUUGUG